AUGUCCUUUGCUGACAAGAACCCUGGUUGCCGGGUUGUUGGCUUUGAUUUUGUGUAUAUGCAGCCUUCGGAGGUACCCUUGAACUGUGAGUUUUACAUUAUCGAUCUUACACAACCUGACUGGUGGGAAGCAUACGUGGAUGUUAGCCUCGUGCAUAUCAAUGACCUCGGCGGUGACAUCUCACUGCUGAAAUGUCUAUUGGCUGGAGCAUUUAGAUGCUGUAUGCCAUGUGGAGUGGUCGAGCUUCACGGAAUCACACUCGAUCUUUACAACCGAAAAGGCCCGGCUUAUAGUUUCUACAAAGAUCUACAGACAGCCUACUAUAAAGAUGAAAGACAGCUCAGUUUACCUGAACGGUAUGACAGUGAACUAUCAAAUCAUGGCUUUAUCAAUGUGGCUUCGCAUCAGUAUAGGAUUCCUUUAAAGUCGGAAUACUCUACCCAUUUACAAAAGAGGUUCCUAAAGACCUGGCUCGAUGGUCUAGAGGCCCUCGCCCUUGAUUUGAUGACGAAACAUCUGGGAUGGACACGCGAAAGAACAUUACUUGAAUGCGCGUUGACACGUGAGGAGCUUCACAAUGGAAUCGAUGGCUUCCUAACUAUGUAA